CUCCUGUUCAAUGGCCCGGACCUUGCGACUCUCCCACGGCUACGGCUGUAGAUUGCAGAUUGGGAGUGUUGUUUGUCCAGUCCGCCAGACGCCCUGAAAAUGUACGAAGACUCCUGGUACAGCUUUGUACCGGAAUUUCAACAGCGCCAACCAGCUUCAGGAACUCAGAGUACUGGCCAUCGACGCAAGCAAUCGCUGUUGCAGCGGCCGAAUGACACCACAGGCGAUGCCGACACAACAGAACCCCUACCUGCCCUCUUCGAAGACCGGGAAGAUGCCAAUUCACCACCAGAGCCGACCUUGUCCCGAAGGGCCAAAUCCUACUCGGAUUUCUACGAUAUUGUGAAGGCCCAGCUAUCCAGCCAUGCGCCUAAGAAGAGGCGGAAGAAGAGGCGGGACGGCCACAGCUGGGAGGCAUUAGCCGUUCCAGAAUCUGCGACAGCGGGACUGCCAGAGGAAGAGGAGGGACACGACGAUGCGCUAGGAAAGGAGCUGCUGCGGGCAAGCCAGCAGGAAUACUUGCUCUACCAUGACGAACUCGCCAUGACAGAGCGCCACCUCGGCACCCUCAUCGCGGACGCAGACACGGCGCUAAAGGUCCUCGAGUCACUCUGCCAGUCGUUCCGCGCCGUCGACGACCAGACGAGCUCUUUCCAGGCCCAAUGUGACGGCCUCCUGACAGAAAAGAAACGUCUCGAAACGCUAGCUGAGGACGUCGGCACAGACCUUCAGUACUACACCUACAUCGACUUGGCUACCCGCCGCCUCAAUGCGCCCGGAGCAGGACGGCUAGUUGAGGGGGGCAGUUUCGCCGAGAUUCUGUCUACCCUGGACUCUUGCGUAGAGUUUAUGACGAGGAAUAAUUCAUACCGGGACGCCGAGUCUUAUCUCGCGCGGUACCAAGCUUUGCUAACAAAGGCGCUGCACUUGCUCGAGGUGGCCUUCGUUAAUCAUCUAAACAAGGUAUCAGCCGAGAUAUCCAAGCAAGUCGCGGCAACCCAGUCUGAGUCGGCCCGCCACGCUCUUGCGUACGGCCGUUUCGAGGAGAUGGUGCUCGAGUCGUACUCGCUGGUCCCGAACGUCCAAGCUGUGGUUCAGAGCGCCUACGAGCAGGACGGUCAGCCAUCGUCAGCCCUCAACGCCGACAUCUACGCCAAUACCGCGAACAACUUGUUUCACUCUUACUGGGCCGCCAGGGAGCGGGAUCUGAAACCCAUCGUUCAGCAUGAUCUUGAUGUCUUCCGGGCAGAAGCAAAAGAGUCAAUAGACACAGCAUCGAGGAACUUCGUGAAGCAGUGUUUCGAGCGCUCCGAUUCCGAAGCCGCACUAUUCCGAAGCAUAUUUUCGAUAGACGCGCACUACUCGACAGACGCGCAGUCUGCGUUCGCGGUCCUGAAAUCUCAACGCACCGUGCUAACCGGGGCCAAUAUCACACCCAUCUCCACAAAUCUGCAGUCGGUCCUUCAGUCUAGCGACUUGCAAACAGUCUGCAACCUCGUCGGAUGGAUCACCAACGAAUAUCUGCUUCCCGAGUACGACGAAGAUGAGACGCCAUUUGUGGGACGCUGCCGGGAGCUGGCAGCCCGGCUGCUCGCCGAACACCUCUGGGCCUUCACCGAUGCCUUCUUUGAAGCUGAAAUCGUCAAGUCAAUAUCUAGAGCCGUUGUCCCGCCGGAAGCCCUCAAGAUCGGGCUAGUUAGUAACGGCGACAUGGCAUCCAACGCCUUCCCUCCCAUCAAGCGCGCCUUGGAGCUCCUCGUCAUGUUUGACCAAUCAAUGCCGAAAGAGCGAUGUCAACGCGACAGCCCGGUAAUCUUCAAGAUCAUCAAAGAAUCCAUCGCCUCCCUGCAGCGCGCCGAGGGCCGCCUCAAAUCCAACCCCCCCAAACCCGCCGCCGGUGCCGGUGCCGCCGCCACGGACCCGGACCUCUUCAUGAUCAAGAACCUGCUCAUCCUCAAGAACGAGCUCGUCACCCUCGAGAUCGGCGACGUCCGCAGCGGCGGCGGCGGCCAGGCCUUCACCCAGAUCUGGGACACCCUCCGCCCGCAGAACCUGCUCGGCGGCCUGCUCAGCAGCUUCGGCACCCUCAGCACCUACAUCCCCGGCUCGUCGCUCUGGUCGUCGUCGCGGAGUGGGACGAGCACCCCUGUCGCGGGGACGCCUGCUAUCGGUGCGACGCCGAGGAUGGGGGGUGCCGCCGCCGGGGCGGCGCCGGUCGAUGAUGCGAGCGAGCAGCUGGAUGGGUUGCUCCGGCAGAGUAUUGUUGGGUUCACGAGGCGGUGGGCGGGGGUGUUGAACGAGGCGCGCGGGGUUGGGGUUGGAGUUGGGGCCGGGGCGGCGGGUGGGAGUAAGCUGGGCGGGAAGAAUGUGGGCAAGCUGGAGAGGGAGCUGGAUGAGAUGCUGGAGCGGGCGUUUGGUGGCCAGCCUGAGGUCGUGGGCAAGCUGAAGGAGGCUAUCCAGAUUGAGGCGCACGCGCAGGUGCAGGCCGCGGGGGAGAAGAGGAGCUAUGUGACGCGGGUGUAGGGGAGGUAUGGGGGUCGGGAGGUCGGGUUGUGGGCAUUUGUUGGUCGCCUCUGAGGCGGUUCAUGUCCUAGCUCGCAGACGAGAGUCGAAACGUAGUGUCUUGUUGAUCUGGGUUAGUAUCGUCAAGGCCACAGUAACAUAUUUGGGAGGAGAAUUCUUCAAGUCGGCCUCCCAAGAAUAAAGCAGGUCAACUUUGA